AUGACAAGGUGUCGAAUUGAUAACAAAAAAUAUCACUUUGAUAAGAGGCAAAACGAAAUUCCUGGGACAUCAAAUGCUAGAAAUUUAGAUAGUCCAAGCAAAACAGACGGUACAUCGGUCGAAUUAGACGGACAGGAUAAUAUGCUAGACGACGAUGAUGUUCAGAGAACAAAAUCCUUUAGAAAACGAAAAGCUAACCAGAAAGAUUGGAAGAAAAAUAUAAGAAAAAGGUUACGACAAAGUGGAAAAGAAUACAAAAGUUGCCGAGACCAGGCCGUUAGGGCUAGGGCUUUCAGAAGAAACUGUGUAAACUGUCGCUCUAAAUGUCUGGACAAUUUCAGUAAAGAAGAAGCAGUGCUAAUUCAUAAUGAAUUUUGGACAAAUACUGAUGACGCGAAAGGACAUUUUUACAAUAAAACAACAGAAAGAUACCGGGUGGAACUCCAGAGAAACAGAAAUGUGAGACAGAAAACCAAGUUUUUCUUACAAGUAUUUUUUCAUCAAGAACUUGGGAGUCGUAGAUAUAAGUCAGAUCAGAAUUGCUUAUUUUUACAGCAAAAAGCGAACGGGAAUCACAAGUACUCCCAGUCAGUACCAAAGAGGAAGCCGAACAGAAAAUAGAAUUGGUGAGGAGCAUAGACAAUUAAUCAGAGAUCAC